GUUUCAGUGAAAGCAAAGAUGGCGAACGAACUGGACAGAGUGCGAAUCUCAGCUGCGGAACUCCGAGCUGAAGCGUCGAAUUCAAUCAAUAUUGAUGACUGUCAGAAAGAGGAGCAACAAGAGUAUCACGUACACAAGCAGCAAAGGAAGCGAGAAGGAAAGCACCCUCGCCCUGAACUGCAGCGCUACCAGCCAGUAGCUGGAAAUGGAAGGUGUCACCGUGACGAUGAGGAGGGAGAAACGAGUGGCCCUCUGUCCGCUGAUUCCCAUGAUGAACCACCACAGAGUGAGAAAAAGGUUGAAAAAGCUUUAGAGAGACAUGGGUGCACAGACAGUGGGGCGGUCACCGACAAAAGGGAAGAAGACAGGAAGAGAGGUGAUGGUAGUAACACUCAGAACGGUAGAAAAGGCAACAGCUCCCAGUCUAAAGCAGAAGUAAAUCAAGAGAAAGUUUCUGUUGAAGAUGACAAAGACCACCAGGAACCCGUUGGAGCUGCUAGGGCAACACGAAAAGCUCGAAAACCAGACCGAGAAUUGUAUCAACCUGGGAGCCGAAGAAGCAUCCAGGGAAAAGACUGUGGAGUUGGAAAAGAGCAGGAUAAGCCUCCAGCUAGCAAUAACGGGCAGAAAAGUGAGCCAGAGUCCCAGAUAAGUACAGGAGAAAAAGAGGGGAACCAAAAAACUUGUUUACAGGAGCAGGAAGGGGGAAAUAAAGAAGUAAAGGUUAAACCGGACAACAUAAAAUUGCCUAAAUCCACUGAGACAAACCGAAAGCAAGGAGGCCGAGAUGUGGAAAAAAAAGCAUUACCCUCCAAUGCUACGGUGGACGAAAUGACUAGCAAACUUGACAAACUUGGCAUGAAAGAAAAGGUGGGAUGUGACAGCCAAGUCAUUGACGAGUUAAGUUGCGAGAGAGGGGAAACAUCUUCCAAGGAAAAGAGAGGCCAAGGUAGAGGAACAAAAGAGGAGGAGGAAAAGGUAGAAAUGAAAAGGGAAAAAGGAAACCGCAACAGAAGGGGAGAAGAUAAGGAAAGGGAGAGUAAUCCAGAUUCCAGACGAGGGAAAGAGGAAGCAGGCAGUCGAGGAAAGGUUGACCGGGGGAAAGCUGAGAAGGAAAGAGACAAGAGAGCACCAGACGCAGACAAGGAUAAUAAACCAGGUAACACAGGAGAGUCGCACCAAAGCAAAGGAAGAGAGAAUCGCAGAGAAAGCAAAAGAGGAGACAACAACAACAACAACCGGUCAAGAGAUGCUGAAAACGAUGCUAAAACCGAAAGAAACACAGACAGGGCAGUGGAAGGAGGCGAUAGAAACAAAUCCAAUGCAAACAGCACGACGCCAACCUCAAAACGCUAUUCCAAGUCAGAUAUUCGCCGCUCACGGAAUCGCACUUACAGCAGCAGCUCAGCCAGCAGCGUGACCAGCCUGGAUGGCCCUCGAGUAAGGAUGGAUGUGGAGCGUACCAAGUGGCCUCGCUCUGAGCCUAAGCACAAAGAGGGGGUUGCUACAAGCGGAGCAGGACGGAGAAGUCAUUUAAAAAGCUGGACAACCAAUGGGGAAUCAUCCACAGAGUCAAUGGAAGGGAGUGAGAUGAGUGACAAAGCAGAAGAGAGGAAAAGAAGAGGUGGCAGGGAAGAACUAAGUGCUGAGAGGCGGAGGGUAGAGAGGAGCAAACCAAAGGGAACCAGAGGGGGAGAUAGGGGAAUCCUUAGGGUCUCUCUAGAAAAACUGCCAGGUACCCCAUCACAUGUUGCCGUAUCACAACAUCGCACGCCAGGCUUGGUUCCCCGGGGCAGAGGGGGGGGUAUCCUGAUACUUCCUGCUCGCACAGACAUCUCUAAUUCUCCUGAGGUCGGGCAGAGGCUUCUUUUUGGUGGUAUCAGGGGAGGGGGAGCCGCCAGAAGUAGAGGAGGCCGAGGAGGAGGAGCGAGGCGUCUCUGGGAUCCAAACAACCCCGACCAGAAGCCAGCUCUCACCAGCACCCAGUCCUCGCAGCAUUCAUCUCGCCAGCAGCCUGUAUAUCUUCAGACAGGGGCUGGAAUUGGUCAACUUCACUUCCUGGACACAGACGAUGAGGUGGCAGGAAGUCCUCCGGUCGCGCAGGGUGAUCACUUUCGAGCCCAGCAGGUCGCUGCCAUGGCCUUUUACAAAUUCCAAAACUCUGACAACCCUUACGGCCACCCCGUGCCAGCCAGCAACUCACACAGUCCUGGCAGCACCGCCAGCCCGCGCUAUGCAUACCCUUAUCAAAUGGGACCCUACCAAAUGGCUCCCGCUAAUGGUAUGUACCCUGUGGGUCAAUUCUGUGGGAGUUACAGGGGAGCAGGUUAUCCCCAGCCUGUUGCAGGAGGUAGUUUGACAUCGGAAGAGGUGGAGCAACAAGCCAGAGGGGAGCUGGGGAGGAUGCUGAGGGCUGCGGACGCACAGGAGCUUCAGCUCAGCAACCUGCUGUCCCGGGACAGAGUGAGUGCUGAGGGACUGGAACGCAUGGCCCAGCUCAGAGCUGACAUUUUGGGGCUCUAUGAGCAGGUCCUCCUGACAGACAUCGACUACUCUGACUCGCAGAACGUGGAUCAAGCUCUGUGGAAGAAUGUCUUUUACCAGGUCAUAGAGCGCUUCCGGCAGCUCCUCAAAGACCCCGCCUAUGACAACACACCUCAUGUAAAGAACAUGCUGCUCACACUGCUCGAUGAGGGGGCUCUUUUCUUUGACGCGCUGCUACAGAAGCUGCAGACGGUGUACCAGUUUAAGUUACAGGAUUACAUGGAUGGGAUAGCUAUCAGGGCUCGGCCAUUGCGUAAAACGGUGAAGUAUGCACUUAUCAGUGCUCAGCGCUGCAUGAUUUGUCAGGGAGAUAUAGCGCGUUACCGGGAACAGGCCAGUGACUCGGCCAACUACGGCAAGGCUCGCAGCUGGUACCUGAAAGCCCAGCAGAUCGCCCCCAAAAAUGGACGACCAUAUAACCAGCUGGCCCUGCUGGCCGUUUAUACAAAUAGGAAGUUGGAUGCUGUGUAUUAUUACAUGCGCAGCUUGGCAGUUUCCAACCCCAUCCUGACUGCAAAGGAGAGCCUGAUGAGUCUGUUUGAAGAAGCUAAGCGCAAGAUCGAGCAGCUUGAGCGAAGGAGGAGACAGGAGCACGAAGGAGGCUCCAGGGGCCCGGCAGUUAAAGGAAGAGGGCGAGGGGAGGAUGGAGCCCGCGUGGAGAUCUGGAUUCGCCCCAGCGGACAGGCGGCGACCCCGUCCUCUCAGAGAGGCGGCAGUGAAUCCAGCAGAGACUCGGAACAGGACGGAGAGCUGGGCAGUCUCAGCGCUAGUGAUCUAAAUAAGAGAGUCAUUCUGAGCUUCCUGCAUGCACAUGGAAAGCUCUUCACCAAAGUGGGAAUGGAGUCCUUCCCCGGAAUGGCCACCCGUGUUCUGCUGGAGUUUAAGACGCUGCUUCAGCACAGCCCUUCACUACUGGGCAGCACGCACAUGCUGCAGAUCAUCACCAUCAACAUGUUCACAAUACACAACGCCCACAGCAGAGCUGAAGACAAGGAGGUGCGGUCUGUUUUACAAGAGCAGAGCACCGCCCUGGGUCUGGGCAUGUUUGCUCUGCUGGUGCAGCGCUGCACCGAGCUGCUGAAGGAAACUCCUACAGAACCAGUCCCCAUGGCAGAUGGAGAGGAAGAGGGUAAAGGGGAGGAGCUUGAGGGUAUGAUGAGGGUCUCUGCCUUCUCAUUGGACCUCAGAGAGCUGCUGCCAAGUAUCAAGGUGUGGUCUGACUGGAUGUUGGGACAGCCAGACCAGUGGAACCCACCACCGUGCAGCAUAGAUGGCAGCCCUGAUGUGUGGCAGGGCCUGGCUGACCUGUGUAACAUGCUAGCCCGUGUGGACCAUGAGGAGGUGCCGCUGUACAAAGCCGACACUGAAGAAGUUGAGGGCGAUGAGGAGCUGACCGUGCUGCAGUUGAAGGAGGACCGGCUGCUGGCUGGCUUUGUACCGCUGCUCGCUGCACCACAGGAGCCUUGUUACACAGACAGACACACUGACGUGGCAAUAGCAGCAGAUUGUAAGAGAGUGACGGUGCUGAAGUACUUUCUGGAGGCUUUGUGUGGACAGGAAGAGCCUCUGUUGGCCUUCAAGGGAGGCAAAUACAUCUCUGUGGCAACUUCUCCUCCACUUAACCACUCCAAGAAUACAAAGAGCAGGCAGGACUCUCUGACAGAGAAAGAGGCUGAUGAUGUCAUAAUUGAGGCAGAGUCGUCUCUCUCGGCAUCAGAGGGAGAGGAGGAUGCCGAAGAUGUGGGAGACAGUGAGAAUGACAUCAGAGAACUGAAGGCGCGACGCCAUGUUCUCACCAACAAACUGGCACAGCAACAGAAGCGCAGGGAUAAAAUACAGGCGGUGCUGCAGACAGGCGGGCAGUUGGAGCUGGAAGUGAGGCCUCGGUUUUUGGUUCCAGAUACCAACGGAUUCAUUGAUCACUUAGGAGGCUUGAAGAAAGUCCUUCAGUGUGGAACAUACAUUAUAGUUGUGCCACUCAUCGUGAUUACAGAAUUAGAUGGCUUGGCUAAAGGCCAGGACAACUUUGCUGGAGGAAUGGGACCAGGAGGGCGCACCACUGGUGGCCGUGGCAACUAUAAUGUUAAUACAGCCCAUGUGCGGGCCGUGCAGGAGAAGGCCCGGCUGGCGGUGAGUUUCCUAGAGAAAGGUUUCGAAGCCAGGGAGCCGUGUCUCAGAGCUCUGACCAGCAGAGGGAACCAGCUCGAGUCUAUCUCCUUCCGCAGUGAAGACACCUCUGGACAGCAGGGUACCAAUGACGAUGUGAUUCUGUCCUGCUGCCUCAACUACUGCAAAGACAAGGCCAAAGAUUUCAUGCCUGAUCAGAGAAACGGGACAGUGAAGCUCCAAAGGGAAGUGGUGCUCCUUACAGAUGACCGUAACCUGCGCGUCAAAGCAUUGACCCGCAACGUCCCAGUGCGAGACAUCCCUGCUUUCCUCAGCUGGGCCAAAGUGGGCUGAACCAGGCUAAGCUGGAAUCAAAGGAACCCAACUGUGGAAGCCUGCUUGCCAGCCAGCCACGAGAGAAGACACACUUGAGCAGAGAAAGAAAAGGAGAUGGCAGGGAGGAGGAAAUGAUCAAGAAAGAGUAGAACCACUUCUUAUGAAAAUCAAGCAAAUGUAGUGAGAGCAGGGUGGGUUAAAUUAGCCUUUUCCCUCUUGUGAUGAAGUGUGUGUGUAUGCAUGUGUUAAGAUCAGAGAGCUUCCCCUGGAAAGAGACAGGGAGACUUGAGAAGUCUCAGAAAGGCUGGAGCCUUGAGUCUCUGCGCCUAGUUGGUGAGUGUGUACUCUGCAAGUGGCAUUACAUUUGAGGCUGAUGACAAAAUGAGACAGUGAGAAAGAGAGUGUUAAUGGUCAUUUAGUUGAUUAAAGACAACUGUAUUGAAGGCCAAACCUGGCGCUUCCACACUUCUCUUAGGGCCCAUAGACUGCUGUGUUCCUACAGCAGAGCUGAGAGGGUGGGCACAGCUGGAGGGUCUUUGUCAGUGCUGUAAAAAGUGGCUGAUUGUAGUGAGGGUAAUUUGGCCCUAAAGCAACCCUCGGCACAUCCAAGGAAUCUCAUGCCGGUUAUGGCAUUUCCUGCUUACCCAGGAAGUUUGUGUUGCCUGAUAGGUAACCUUGGUUUCCCCUCCAGCUGCAUACUAAUAUUGAGUUUGGCUGAUGUAAGAAAACUAUUUAAAACAACAAAACACAUUAUUUAUUUAUUUAUUUAGCUUUGGAGCUUUUGUUUCCUGCAUAGAUUAAUUUUCUCCACUUGGAAAAUUUGACAAAAAGCCUUUGUGAAAUGUUCAUGUUUUUUUUCUUUACAUAUUGGUGAAUUGAGCAGUAUACCAAUUCACAGGUAUUUGAUGUCAAGACUACUCAGUUGUUCUAUCAUCUAUCCCUUCAUUUUUUGUAGUUUAUACUGUUCGACCCAGGUGUGCUUUAGAUGUUAGGAUGUUAGCUCCUUUACGUUGACUGUCGGAUACUUUAUUAUCGAGUGCCAUUAGUGCAUUUUUCGCUUUAUUUUCUAAUUCAUCUUUACCUUCAGUCUUUCUUUUAUCUUUUCAGUUAAUACCACCACAACAGUUAACCUUUAAAAUGUGAUUAAUCACCAAUUGCAGUUUUCCUCUGUCUGGUUUUUCUUUUUUGUUUAGGUCCUAUGUAUUUCUCUUUUGUAUACAUGCAGUAUACCGCCACAAAUUACAGCCUGUAAAAGUCACCUCAACUUUAAGCAAUACAUUGCUGAUACACCGUCUAAAACAUUCAACACAUAGGAACUAUUUCUGUUUUUGGGACAGUUUGAGGAGAUACUGAGUUAUGGUCUGUGUUUCUGUCUGCAUUUGAGACAGUGUCUGGAGGCUCUUAAUAGAGUAGUAAUAGUAUUUUACACCUAUGUUAUCUUGUUAUGUUUCAUCAUACACAAUACAUUCACUUGCCACAGUUUCAUAAUAUUAAUUUAAAAAUAAUACUGUAGUGGCUUGUCCACUUUGUUCCUUGUACCUUUUUUUCAGCUUGGCUCGUACAGUUUCUAUCAGCAGUUGAUGUUUCAGUAUUUGUGAGAACCUGUUUAGAGGUUUAUUAGCUUUUUCAGCCAAUAUUUUCUGUUGCUAAUUAAUUUUCAGUCCAAUCUUUUGUGUUAAGUGGCUCUGCUGCAGUGUUUUAGUGUAGGAGCAAAUGUAGUAAAUACAUGGUUAAUUUAACACAUUACGUUUUCAUUUAUCAUCAUUAAAAAUCUUUUGAUGGCA